CACAAGGGAUGAGAGGUGUCCUGUCCUCAUUUUCAAUGGAGCAGAUCCCAGAGGGGCCCUCCUCUCUGGGGGCCAUGAUCCUGGAGACCAAGGAGCCCCCGGUGGAGCAUCCAUUGCCUGCAGAUGAUGACCUGGACACACCCACCUCCAACACCUCCGUGGUCACCUCCACCAAUGGCAGUUCCACUACAGAGACACAAUACUCAGAGGCAGAGGACCCCAAGGCUGUUGAACUGGGGAAUGACCAGGCAGACACUCCGGGCACUCCAGACACCGCCCUUCAGCUUCCCCCAGCCCCGCAGCCUCCCUCGGUUCCCCAGAUCCCCUUGGUUUCAGACGACCCAUCUCUGAAGCCCAGUCCUCUAACCAAUGGCCAACACUCCUCUGAGACCCUCACAACCCCUAUCACAAACACUGUUACCACCAACAUUCUCCCUCCUCCCUACAACAACACCAACAGUGAGCCCCAGACAGAGAAGCCAGAAGGGCAGAACAGCGCCUACACCCUCCCUGACCCCCCCUUUCCUGGCCUGGGUGGUGGCAUGUGUGCUGGGUAUGGCAGCCUGUCUCGUGGUGGUGUCCACCAGAGCUCCCUCCACACCUACUGGCCCUCCAGGAACUACCAGCCCCAGCCUGGGGGUCACUACACCCUGCCCCUCCCCAGGGACAUCUACGGCCAGGUGGGCCUGACCAACCAAACCGAGAGGGAAGGACCAGGGGAUGACACUCUGGGUGGAAUUCACCAGCUCAGACCCAUCACUACCAUGGAGCUCCUGAGGGAACCUUCCAGAACCAGGCCUCUCUCUUUCCCUUGUCUCAGCCCCCCCUCCCCACUUAACCCCUCCAUCCCUUUAUAUUUUUUCAGAGGUGGAUACGAGGAGGCUCUCAUGUCCCAGGUGGAUGGGGAUCCCAUCUCCUUCUUCCAGGCCAUGUCCAGGGCCCAGAUGCUACAGUUCCCCCACAAGCGCAGUAGCAUGGUCAGCCUGGACAGCAUCCGUAAGGACCCCCGCUGGAGGGACCCCAACCUGAGUGAGGUCAUCACCAUGCUCAGCCACCCCAUGGACCCGGUCAAGUCCAACGCCGCCGCCUACUUGCAGCACCUGUGCUACGAGAACGACCGCAUAAAGCAGGACGUCAGGCAGCUAAAGGGGGUUCCAGUACUGGUGGGCCUCCUGGACCACCCUAAAGCCGAGGUCCACCGCAAGGCCUGUGGAGCCCUGAGGAACAUCUCCUACGGGAAAGACCACCACAACAAGGUGGCCAUCAAGAACUGUGACGGCAUCCCGGCCCUGGUCAGACUGCUGAGGAAGUCCAGUAACAUGGAGGUCACAGAGUUGGUCACAGGAACCCUGUGGAAUCUGUCCUCCCAUGAGCCUCUGAAGAUGAUGGUCAUCAAUCACGGGCUCCAGACGCUGACUGAUGAGGUCAUCAUCCCCCACUCUGGCUGGAGGAGAGACCUCACUGAGCACUCAAGACCCCAGGAGACAGAGUGGACAACCGUGUUCAAGAACACCUCAGGGUGUCUCAGGAAUGUGAGCUCAGAUGGGGCAGAGGCUCGCCAGAGGCUGAGGGAGUGUGAGGGGCUGGUGGACGCUCUCCUCCAUGCCCUACAGUCAGCGGUUGCCAACAAGGAGACAGACAAUAAGUCAGUAGAGAACUGCGUCUGUAUCCUGAGAAACCUCUCCUACCACGUCCACAAAGAGGUGCCAGGAGCGGAGCGAUUUCAGGAACCCGUAGCCAAUCAGGUGCCACGGUCAGGAUCAGGAGGGAAGAAGAAUAAUGAGGCAGACUGUUUUGGAGGGAAAAAGCCCAAGGAGGAGUGGUUCAAUCAAAGCUGGAGAAACGGACCAGGUGACAAAAAAUAUGGUACACUGGAUUUACCCAAACGCACACAACCAACGAAAGGUCUGGAGCUGCUGUACCAGCCAGAGGUGGUGAGGCUGUACCUGUCUCUCCUCACUCGCAGUCAAAACCACAACACCCUGGAGGCAGCAGCCGGAGCUCUGCAGAACCUUGCUGCAGGUCACUGGGCUUGGUCCAGUUACAUCCGGGCCACAGUUAGAAAGGAGAAAGGUCUGCCUGUCCUGGUGGAGCUACUGCGUUCAGAUGGUGAUAAAGUGGUCCGGGCUGUAGCUAUUGCUCUACGCAACCUGGCCAUAGAUCGACGGAACAAAGACCUCAUAGGAAGCUAUGCCAUGAGGGACCUGGUCAGUAACCUGCCCAGUGGUCAGCAGCGACCAGCCAAGAACCUGGAAGGGGACACAGUGGUGGCCAUUCUGAACACUAUCCAUGAGAUCAUCUCAGACAGCCCUGAGAAUGCCCGUGGUCUCAUACAGGGUCACGGCAUCCAAAAACUGGUGGCCAUCAACAAGACAAGCCAAUCUGUGCGGGAGACCAAAGCAGCAUCUCAUGUCCUGCAGACAGUGUGGGCCUACAAGGACCUGAGAAAUAGCCUCUACAAGGGAGGCUGGAACAAGAGCCACUUUAAGUCAACCACUAGUGGAAUACCCAAAAAGAGCGGAAAGGCAGCCUAUGAUGACAUCACACACCCUCUGAUGGAGAAAAACCAAGAUGGAUACUCCACCGUGGAGCAGAGUGACAGAGUGGGUGAUGGGUUACUCCAGAGUAUCCCAGAGAGGAAGCACUUCAUCCGGGCUGGAAGGCCUGCAGUGGGUCUGGUGGAACGCAAACCUCCACCCCUCGAUUCCUGGGUCUGAGGUUGGCAGAAGGGAUUAUAGAGCAGGAGAUGUGGCAGUAAAAGAACAAGUGGAACAUUACAUUUGUGGAGGUCAUUGUGGUGUUUAUUCUUAUAACACAUGUUCAAAGUGUUAUUCAAACUCUGGCUGUAGUUGAACAUAACCUCUACUAUAUUUUAUACAUACUGGACAGUGGGAUGAGUGGAGUGACACAGCUGAAUGUAGUGCAGGAUGAAAAACACAAUACUAACACUUUCUAUGAAAUUAGGAUUUGUCAAAACCAUUUUUUUUCUUGACCUGCCUUUUCCUCCAGUAUUUCCCUACUGUGUUGUUUCACUUCUGCAUAUUGUGCAUUACUUUCAUGUGAGAGACAAGUUGGAAAUGGGAUUGUAAAUGUGUAAUAAAAGAUUCAUAUUCUAAAUGAAGGCAUUUAUAUUGUAAUAUUCAUGUUAUUUAUUAACAGUUGUGAACGUUAUCUUGUAACCAAAAAUGGAAUGGAUACGUUAACAUUAUACACUACCAAGUAAUAGUGCCAUUUUAUCAGGAGCUGACAUGAUGAAUUUGCUAUAUGCAGUGUUUGUUCUUGCAUCGCGAUGUUGAACUGAAAAUGUAAGCAAAUAAAAUCCAUAAUUUCUCAAUGUUG